GCCCAGGUGGCGGGUGAGUGGAGAUGUCACGGGAGGCGAUUGUUUGCUGCAGGCUGGGUCAGCGUGGCGGAUCGUGACCUAGGGGGAGAGCAGCUCUACCCAAAGCAGCCAGGAAGCAGCAGCAGCAGCAGCCGCCACCAGUAACAGCAGAGAAACUUUGACAAAACUUCUGCAGAUCCCACAGCCAGUACUAUUUUUCUUUCAAAGGGAAGUUAUGAACAACUGCAAGUCCGGAAGUGAAAAUCUACAGGGACUGUGACAAGAAGUAUUUUUAUUAUUUAUAUAGAUGUGUCUAUCAGCAUUCUGCGUUUUCAUCCAAAGAAUAAAGGGAAAUGCCAGCUUUGCUGAUGUUUCAUGGUGAACAGAUGGCAUUCAAAAAGAGGAAGGACUAAAUAUCUCAUCUUUAAAAAAGGAGAUGAUUAUUUAUUGAACUCAAGACUUUUUUUAAUCCAAAGAAUAUAUGAAUGAAAGAUUUCAUCUGUCAUUAUCUGGAGAAUAAGAAAAGGCCCCUUUGCUUCUAAAGUGCAGCUAAAUCCAUAGAAGCAGUAGUGAUAAUACUGAAAUUCAAACAGAGACUUUAUAUGAUGAAUUUUCUAUCCUAUGGAUAUCAUUUUUGAGAUUACAAAUCAGGAAGAUCUAUAUUUGAUCUAGCACCAUAUCAUUUCAAUGCCUAAUCUUCCCCAGGAUUGCUGGAGUGUCCUAGGAAUUGCACUGGUGUUGUAUGCCAUGGGCUGUAUUCAGAGUAUUAGCUGCAAAUCCAAAGUUUUCCGGGAAAGUAUUUCAGUGAUUGAAGUGAAAGCCUCCAUCGAUCCUGUUCCCACCAGCAUCGACGAGUCAUCCAGCGUGGUUCUGCGAUACCGGACCCCUCACUUUCGAGCCUCUGCCCAGGUCUUGGUACCGCCUAUCCCCAAGAAAGAGACCUGGAUCGUGGGUUGGAUUCAAGCAUGUAGCCAUAUGGAGUUUUACAACCACUACGGGGAGCAGGGAAUGUCGAGUUGGGAGCUCCCAGAUCUGCAAGAUGGCAAGAUCCAGGCCAUAAGCGACUCGGACGGCGUGAACUACCCCUGGUACGGCAACACCACAGAAACCUGCAUGAUCGUGGGACCCACCAGGAAGGAAUCCAAGUUCAACAUCAGCAUGAAUGAUAACUUCUACCCAAGUGUCACAUGGGCGGUGCCUGUGAGCGAGAGCAACAUGGCAAAACUCACGAGCAUCCACCGGGAUCAAAGCUUCACCACCUGGUUGGUUGCCACCAACACAGCCACCAGCGAGAUGGUGAUCCUGCAGACUGUCAAGUGGCGUAUGAGGCUGGGCAUAGACGUGAAUCCCAGCAGACCCUUGGGGCAGCGUGCCACACUGCAGCAACCCUUUGCUCAAGAGCAGCCCCAGGUCCUUAGCAAGAAUGAGCCAAUACCACCCAGUGCCCUUGUGAAACCCAAUGCCAAUGAUGCUCAGGUACUCAUGUGGAGGCCAAAGGACGGGCCACCACUAGUGGUGAUCCCUUCAAAAUAUCGGUAAUAGCAACCUGGCAUCCCGGCACCAGAAGGGAAGAAAAUAACCCUGCACUUAAGAUACUUUUAGAAUCUAAUCAAAAUUGAGAUGCACUUUUUAUUCAUUCAACAGAAAUGCAACCAUUCUACCUUCUCCCAUUGGGACGGAUCUCACUGUGCUGAAGCUAAAGAGGAGACCUUGACCAGGGUCUGUCUCAUCACCUGAUUCCUAAGGGAGGAAUCAGCAAACUAAACUUUAUUUCUAGCCCUGUAACUUUCUUUUCUUCCUGACUUUAGUUAUGGUUUGAACUUCAGUCUCAUUAGCUCACCCAGAUUGUCCAGAACAAAAUAAGAUUUUUAUCGGGGAUUUUAUUAUGUUUGGUGGGAGGAAAGGGAUUUUUUUUUCUCCCCAGAAUGAAACUCAAGUUCCUGGAGCUAAACGCUGACUAUUUAUUUAUUAUGCGUUUUUUUUUAAAUGAUAAAAGGUUCUGAGUUGCAAACCUAAGUCAUGCGGCCUUAUGUAGACUUUGCUUUGCAUUGCCAAACUUUUGCCUUAAAGCUGUGUUUGAAAGAAAAUUUCAUCUCACCAAGCAGAAUCUCUUUUCUACAAGAUUUUAGGGAGGGUCAGGGGAAGCGUUCUGGAGCAAGGGAUAGAUUGUCAGUGUAUCAAGUGAUGAGGAGGAAGGAAUGAUAAUGGAAGAAACCAGAUUAAAAAGAAAACCUUCCUGGUUUUAAACAUGGAACAAGAAAGCAUGGAAAUAAACCCAGCUCAAACCCAGUUGUUUUGCUGUAUGAGCAGAAAUGGGACUAGUACUGCACACAGUUGCAAUGCAAGUAACAAGUUUGUUAGAGAAACGUCUGUGGACAAGAGCUGCCAGGCCCCUCACUGCUUGAUAGAAGGGGUCAUCACAGCCUUGCAUUGCUAAAGCCUUCUGAGCUGAGCCUCUUCUGGCAUGAGAAUACGAGACAAUCCAGACAAUGGUGGGAACGACUGGAGAUGUGGUACU